AAUCAAAUAAAUUUAAAUUAAAUAAAAAACACAAAACUCUGCGACUAAAACCCUACUCAACAGCACCCCUACUCACCACAGAGUACUGUCUGAGUCGUUUCUCCAGACUGAGUACUGACUGGGUCUUCUUCUUUAGUCUUCAAACAUGAAAUUUCUUCUUCAAGGUGCUCAAAGAUCACUGCUCCGCGGCUUCGGAAGGCGAUACUUGGCUACUUCAACAGAACAGUACGCCAAACGAAAUUAUGCAAAUAAUUUAUCAGAGUACAACACUGUUUUCACUUCUCUAACUGCUAAACGCAGGCAUUAUCUGUUGAGAGAUGCAUACGAUGAUAUGGUGUUAGACGGAGUGCAGCCGAGUAGAGAUACAUUUCAUUCUUUGAUUGCUGGAACAAUGAAAGGCUCGCGUUUGCAAGAUGCUUUCUAUUUUAGAGAUGAGAUGAAAACUAUGGGUUUGCUUCCUGAUGUUGUGUUGUACAACUUUUUGAUAUCAACCUGCGGGAAAAGCAAGAAUUCUGACCAGGCAAUUAAGAUUUUGGACGAGAUGAAGAAUUCUGGAGUGAAGCCGAAUGGACAAACCUAUAUCUGUCUACUUAAUGCAUGUGCUGCUGCUGGUCGGUUAGAUCCAGUGUAUGCAAUUGUUCGUGAUAUGACUUCAGCUGGUGUUGGUUUGAACAAGUUCUGCUAUGCAGGACUAAUAGCUGCACAUAAGAACAAGACACCCAUAGCAGAAGAUGUAGCCACCAAAAUUAUUGAGCUUGUUGAGCAGUCAAAGGGUUGGUCAUCUGUUGAAGCAUCAACAGGAGAAAAUGCUGAAAAUGUGAUGAUGAAUGUUUCUGAAGAGGAAUUAUACAAUUUACCAACUGCAGACUAUGCUCAUAAGCGUCGAGGGUUUUUGCGUAAGGAAUUGACUGUCUACCAUGUGGCCUUUCAUGCUUUUACAGAGCUUAAAAAUGUUCAGGCUAUGGAAGUUCUUGUGGAGAUGCUUAAGAGUGAAAAAAAGGAUCCUGAUGUCUUUAUUCUCUUGCAAAUAAUGAGGUGCUAUCUACUUUCUGGAGACCUUGAUCGUGGUCUUCAAGUUUUUAAUGAUUAUAUGAAUUCCAUGAAGCCUUCUUUUAUAGAACUAUACACGGUACUUAUUGAGGGAGCCAUGGUAGGGCAUACUCCAAGAGGAAUGCAAAUUGCUUUAGACAAGCUGGAAGAAAUGACGCAGAGAAGCUUCUUCUUGUUUCCAAAAAUUGCAAAUGAUCUACUCCUCAUAGCAGCUGGUGAUAAGAAAGGUGGAUAUACUACUGCCAAUUAUAUAUGGGACCUGAUCCAAGCUCGUAAAAUGCCACUUUCAUUUCCUGCAGUGGAAGCAUAUUACAAUGGGUUAAAAGGGCGCUGUGUACCGGAAGACGAUCCCAGAUGGUUGCUAGUUUCUAGUACAUACGAGAGGCUACGCCCAAGAUCUGGAGCAGGAACUGGACCUGCAAGACAGCAGGCGCAGAAUAUCAAAACUGAUACCGAAGAAAGAACGGCUUUUUAAAUGGACAUGAAUGUGGCUUGCUUUAGAGAGUGUCCAUAAAAAGGAUGUAAGGAGGUUACAUGGAUUAUCAUUUGGUACUGCUCAUGUAGGGAUGUCACCGUAGCCCGACAGACAGUUUUGAUGCUCAGCAACUGAUUUCUUUCCUUACCCCGCCACCUAAUAAUUAAAGGCAACGAUCGUUCAAGCAAUCCGUGUUACCCUAGUUAAUCUUCUAGUUACAGUUUAUACAUUUUUGUUGUACUACGUUUGUAAUUUUAUUUCUGUGAGGUUCAAGGAAAGGAUGAACAUGCCCUAGUUGAUUUAA